AUGUUUCCAAAGCAAUUGAAAAGACAGAUCCCCUUGGCUACUACUCAACUUCGCAAUUACGUUGCCAAACAGCACACCCAGCCCUCAAUCAAGCAAUGGGCUACAGAGACAGCUUCAACGUUGAAUAAAAAAACAGGAGAGAUUCUCGCUGAAGGAAUUGAUGUGGCACAACAUUUGAAACAUCACAGUGAUGCUAUUCACAAGGUGCGUGUGGCCGAACGUGGGUACAAGAACUUGAAAGAUAAAGGUGAAAAGGUUGAGAGUGAGCAGUGCCGUCCUGACGAUGGAUUGUGA